UCACUUCCUUCGUACCGCGAUCUCACCACACUAUACGACAGACAGAAGAGGACGCACUAAGACAAGAGCAGAGUGAUGAUACCGGGUUAAAGAUAAAUCAGCCAGAGCUAAAGAGACAAAAGUUGCUCGCCACGAUUAAACUGACACCGCGGUUUUCUUUUCCACUGAACAUCAUCCUCGUCCACGGCUUCAAGUUUCAAAUGGACAGACACUUGGAGACGCCUGGCUCAACAAGCAUGGGAUUAUUUCUGUAAUGUGGAUUGCUACUCCCUUGCAAGAAAAUAAAGAUCUGCUGCGGAACAAUGUGAGACGUUGUGCAUCUUGGAUUCUCGUGUUUCUGGAUAUCUUGAAAAUAAUUGGCAACAGUUGAGACAAAAAGAAGAAGUAGUUAACACGCGAAGGAUUGUAUCCUUGGGACCAGCAUGGAUUUGCUUUUACAACCUCCUGCCCUUUCAGAGAAGUUUUAGCCGGUCCUCUUGUAUAUUGUCGUACUUGUGAACUUCAUGCUUGAGAACAAAAAGCCACAUUUGGCCUGCUGAUUUUAUUUUUUUCUAAACAAAGAUUGUCUGCCCCCUUGGAUUGGAUUUCAAACACCAUGAACUUUAUUGACAGUUUGACACUAUUAUUUUUGACGCUGUCAGCUGUCAAGAGUGCCCACAUACCGAGGGAAACAGAAAGAGGUCCACAUAACGUGAUCCCUCUGAUGGAGGUGUACAACAAGAGUUUGUGUCAACCUCGGGAGCUUUUGGUGGAAAUUCUGCAGGAGUAUCCAGAUGAGGUGGAGCACAUCUUCAUCCCGUCAUGCGUCGUUUUAACACGCUGUGCCGGCUGCUGCAACGACGAGAUGCUGCAGUGCACGCCGACAUCCACUUAUAACGUUACAAUGGAGAUUAAAAGAAUUAAUCCCAGGAGGCAAAAAAAUGAUAUUUUCAUGAGUUUUACAGAACACAGCGCAUGCGAGUGUAGGUUAAAGAAUGAAGUGACAGAAAAGAAAGAAAAAAAAUCCCGGACAGGCAAGAAUAAAGGCCAAAAGAGAAAACGAAAGAAAAACCCUGAAAAUACAAUUCAUGAUGCUGUUUGUGAGCCGUGUUGUGAUCAGUGCUCAGAGAGGAGAAAGCGUUUGUUUGUACAGGACCCUGCAACCUGCCGGUGCUCCUGCAAACACACAGACGAAUACUGUAAAGAACGCCAGCUAGAGCUCAACGAGAGGACCUGCAAAUGUGACAAGCCAAGAAGAUGAGAGAAGUGGGGGCACCAGAUGUACAAGAUGAAGGAAUAUAUUAGAGAUACUUCACAGCACGCACUUUUUGACCUUUGAACCGUAAGCUCUUCUUUUCUGUGGAAAGCAUUCCCCAUGGACCGAAACAGAACAAAAAGAAGGACUGAACUGAAAUUUCCUCCCACUGUAUAUCUGUGUGUACAUAGACCACAUUUAAAGAGAGAAAAAAAAGAAUAUACAGAAUUGUUGCUGCUACUGUAAUAACUAAGCCCAUGAUUCGUCUAAAAGCAAAAUAGGAGCUAUGUGGUUUUGCAUUUCUAGCAGGCUUGCAGUGCAGGUGUAGUCUUAUCGUCAGAUCAUUGUGUACAAUUACUCCACUGGAUACGAGUCUACUGUGGUUGUUUCAAUCAUAACAUGCGAAACCUCUCAAUCUAAUAUAUAUUUAACUGCUAAAACAGCAGGCAGGACUGAAGAGGACGUGGGUGUCUUUUUUUUUUUUUUUUU